AUGUCCUCAACGCCUGAACAAAAUUCGGACGAUGAUGGAGUCGAUGAAAGGCAUAAAUCAGUCAACACGGUCAUUCAGGAAGUGAGGAUCAUCAAGGACCAGCUACAAACCUCCACGAUCCCCGAUAGUAUCAAGAGAAUGAAGUCACAUGAAAUACUGCCUACGGAAUUACAACAUCCGCCGCUUGGGAAAGCGGACGAUGUCCGAGAAAAAUUCGUGCAAAGUGGUCAGAUGUUGAUAAUUUACAACAAAAAAGUGUAUAAGCUUAACAAAUGGAUAAAAUACCAUCCUGGUGGUGACCUUGCCAUACUGCAUAUGAUCGGGAAGGAUGCAACGGACGAAAUUAACGCUUUUCAUCCUGAAUAUGUUACCAAUAAAAAAAUCCACAGUUUUUAUGUCGGAGAGUAUACUGAAAACGACGCACAACAAUCACUACCAAUCGAAAACGGUUUGUCGUUUGCAGAGGAGCAAUCGAUAUCGGAAUCAUACAGGAAGUUGGAAUCAAAAAUUAAAGAACUCGGGUUAUAUGAUUGCAAUUAUUGGUAUUAUGCCCUCGAAGCAUCUAGAUAUGUUUUGUUGAUAACUUCUGCUUGGCUAUUAGUCAUCUACGGCACUCAAACAAUCCAUUAUUUUUUGAAACUGGGUCCGAUAGAAUCAUUCCCAAGAAAGAUGACACGCACCACGAUGGAUGUUGAUUGCCCCUGGUGGAUGGAUUGGUUCCAUGGAGGAUUACAAUAUCAAACAAUUCAUCAUCUAUUUCCAAGAGUGCCAAGGCACAACCUAAGAAAAUGCCAGCCAUUGAUUAAACAUUUCUGUAAAGAGGUUGGGAUAGAAUACCACUUAUACGGAUUUAUUAAGGGCAAUGAAAUGGUGUUGGGAGUACUCAGAGAUGUUUCAAAUCAACUCAACCUAUUGGGCAAAGUGGCUAAAUCUCAUGCUGACAGGCACCUAAUGGAAAUGUCGG